AUGGACGAUGAUAGGAUGAAGCAACAGCUCAACAUCCGGAGAACCACACUGCUUGCGUCACUCAGCCGAGCGGAACAAUUUCUUCAGGCAUUUGAGGCUGGACGGGACGCUCUGCAAGUCCCUCUGAGGCUGGAAAAUUUGGAAAUCGUGUGGCAAGGGCUGGAGGAAACUCAAAGGGAACUGGAGGAAAUGGAGACGUCGAAUCAAGGCAUGGUGAGGAAUUUGAAUUAUCGUUCUGACUUUGAGUCCAAAUUUUUUGCAAUUAAAGCUGGUCUGCUAUCUAAGUUACCUCCACCUAUCAAUCAACCAAGCAAUCUCCCUCUAAAUCCCCCUACUCACACUAACUCUGGUCUGCAUGGUCUAAAAUUGCCAACAAUAGCUCUGCCUGAAUUUAGUGGUGAUUACCAAGAUUGGCUAGGUUUUCAUGAUACGUUCCUCGCGCUUAUUCACUCCAACCCAGAAGUGGCUGACAUUCAGAAGUUUCACUAUCUGCGUGCUGCUGUGAAAGGUGAGGCUGCUCAAGUAAUUGAAUCCAUCGCCAUCAGUGCUGCGAACUACCAACUCGCUUGGGAGGCUCUCGUGUCACGCUAUUCCAACGAGUAUCUCCUCAAGAAGCGGCACUUACAAGCUCUGUUCGAGACUCCAAGGAUGAAACAGGAAUCUGCAGCGACUCUACAUGGACUUGUCGACGAAUUCGAAAGGCACACGAAAAUUCUGCGACAACUAGGGGAGCCUACCGAUACCUGGUCAACAAUGCUGGAACAUCUACUCUGCACCAGACUGCACGACGAAACGCUGAAAUUGUGGGAGGAUCACGCGUCAACAAUCGAUAAGCCAACAUACACUAACCUAGUUGACUUUCUGCAGCGGAGAAUCAGGGUUCUUGAAUCUAUCGCCGUCAAUCAUGAGUCUGUUCCACUACCUCCGAAUUCGCAUAGUAUUUCGCCUUUCUCUUCUGGUUAUGGUUCUUCUGGUUCACAAAAAUGCAGCAAGGUUUUUCAACAGAAGAUGUCUACGCAUGCUGUGACGGAGAAUAAUACAAAGAAAGGGAAUUCCGGUAGUCGACCCAGCUUUGCAAUGCGCCAAUUCAAGAAGCUAUCUCUUCAGGAGAAGUUGAAUAUUAUAAACACAAAACGACUCUGCUUCAACUGCCUCCAAGAUGGGCACUACGUUGGCAACUGCCCUUGCCAAACCAACUGCCGAAUGUGUCAGAAGCGUCAUCACACGUGGAUCCAUCCUGGCUACGCAGAUUCUUCUCCAAGUAGCAACGUGGUUCAGUGCUCUACUAGUGAGCCACAAUUUUCCACUCAAGCAAACGUCACCGUGGCCAACAUCGAUUCAUCCACCAUGGAUUCAUCUACCUCUGCGUACGUCAACGAAGUUCAAGCAGUGUCAUCUCAGAUCUCUCGAAACAGCAACGUCUUCAUGCUCACCGUAGUGUUGGUCAUCGUAGACGUCCACGGGCAAGAACACCUAGCAAGGGCCUUGCUAGACAGUGCUUCCCAACCCAAUCUAAUGACGGAUCGUAUGGCACAAAUGCUGAUGCUCAAGCGGAAGAAGGUGAAUGUACAGCUGCAAGGACCUGGGGGAAUUUCGAUUCGCGCAUCAGAUUCUGUCCCCACUCAAAUUCGUUCUCGCAAGGAGGAUUUCACACGUGACAUUGAAUUUCUCGUCCUGCCUCGAGUGACGUCCGCCAUGCCUGAGCAAGACGUCCCAAUCGUCGACUGGAAAACCCCGAAGGACCUGUUCUUGGCCGAUCCCAACUUCAACAAGCGUGCUGACAUCGACAUGAUCAUCGGUAUUCAACACUUUUUCUCCUGCUUCACAACAACGGCUCGUAUCCAAUUAGCGAAAGAUUUGCCCGAACUGGUCGACAGUGUAUUCGGAUGGAUCGUUGCAGGCUCUGGUCAUCUCAUUCCAACAUCUCCCGAUUCCGCCACUUGCAACUUCACUGCAGUUUGCCUGGUCACACUCGAAGAGAGUUUGGAACGCUUUUGGAAGCUAGAAGAAUUACCUCACAGUUCUGACUAUUCUGAAAAGGAGAGGAAAUGCGAAGAAUGGUAUAAGUCAACAGUCUCACGUGAUUCUUCUGGUCGCUAUCAAGUUCGUCUGCCCCGUCAUCCGGAAUUCAACACCAUGAUAGGGGAAUCCAAAGCUGCUGCCAUUCGAAGAUUCAGGGCUACUGAAGCAAGAUUAGAACGAGAACCCGAUCUUAAGAAGGAGUAUCAUAAGUUCAUGGAAGAGUACUUGUCCCUUGGUCAUAUGCGAUUAGUUCCCGAAGAUAAAAUCGACGACAAAAACUCGUACUACCUUCCUCACCAUCCAAUAGUGAAGGAAUCCAGCACCACUACGAAGGUACGUGUCGUCUUCGACGGAUCUGCAAAAACAUCAACCGGAUUCUCGUUGAACGACGCCCUGCUCGUUGGACCCGUUGUUCAGGAUGAGCUGCUAGCGAUUAUUCUACGUUUUAUGACGUUUUCAGUUGCAAUUGUGGCGGACGUGGAAAAAAUGUAUCGCCAAAUCCUGUUGCAUCUACUAGAUUGCCCGUUCCAGUACAUAUUGUGGCGCUUUUCGAAAUCCCAACCAAUCCAAGUGUACCAGCUACUAACGGUCACAUACGGGCUCGCUCCUUCUUCCUUCCUAGCCACUCGAACCCUUCUGCAACUAGCAGAAGAUGAAGGUCCAGCAUAUCCACUCGCUCUACCAGUUCUCCGCAAAGGUUUCUAUGUCAAUGAUUGCGUUGCGGGUGCUCAAACCAUCGAAGAAGCCAUCAAGCUGCGAAAGGAACUAGACGAUCUUCUCAGGAAAGGUGGUUUCAUUUUACGAAAGUGGGCUUCGAAUAAGCUAGAGGUGCUCCGAGGACUAAGCCAAGAUCAAAUCGGGACACAAUCCAUCGUAAGCUUCACUCCUCAAGAAAGUCUGAAAACGUUGGGUAUCGUAUGGGAACCUGAAGCUGACAAGCUGCGAUUUGACUCGAAGGUCACUCAUCCGGACAAGCCUGCUACCAAAACGUCCAUGUUAUCAUCAAUCUCCCAGCUUUUCGAUCCACUAGGGCUUGCUGCACCGAUCGUCGUCCGAGGAAAAAUGCUGAUGCAAGAACUAUGGCUCCUUAACUGCAGCUGUUACCAGCCUGUACCGGACGUUCUUCAAUUCAAGUGGGGGGAGUACUUCAGUUCGUUGGAAAAGCUCACUGAAUUUCGAGUCGAUCGCUAUGCAUUGUUGCCACACGCCAAAGUACAACUCCAUACGUUCACCGAUGCAUUGGAAGCUGCAUAUGGGGCCUGCAUCUACGCUCGUUCUGUUGACUCUUCUGGUAACGUCCGUGUUCGACUCAUCGCAUCGAAAACUCGAGUUGCUCCGUUAAAACGUAUCACUCUACCUCGCUUGGAGCUAUGUGGGGCUCUCGUCGGUGCUCAGUUGUACGCCUAUGUCAGCAAAGCUCUUCAAAUCGAAAUCUCGGAUUCUUUCUUCUGGUGCGACUCAACUGUCACGCUACAUUGGUUGCGAUCACCUCCAAACAACUGGAAAACGUUCAUUGCCAAUAGGGUCUCGGAAAUUCAAACUCUAACGCAUGGAUUUCAAUGGAAUCAUGUCGCCGGUUCGGAGAAUCCAGCGGAUUUGCUGUCACGAGGAAUGGACGUCGACGAUUUCGUUGUAAGCAGUUUCUGGAUGCACGGUCCAGAAUGGCUAUUCAAAGCGAAAGAAUAUUGGAUCAACUCAGCACUACCCCCAGCACCUGAACACGAAAUGGAACAUCGCAAGGUGGUGGCGACUAUUACACGUACAGCACAGCAAAUCAACGAAGUAUUUGACCGCUACUCUGCAUUCUACAGACUCAGGCGCAUAACUGCAUAUUGCCUCCGGUUCAUCGAGAAUAUUCGGCAUAAAGCGCGCACCCAGCCAUUGGUAUCUACUGGUCAUCUACCUAGUCCAACGCUCACCAUUGCUCAAAUAUCCUCGGCUGAAGAUCUUUUGGUUCGUCUCGCUAAGGCAGAUGCGUUUCGUGCAGAGUUGAAAGAUGUACAAAAGGGAAAGAUGAUUUCUAAACAUUCGCCAAUCUGUGUACUUAACCCCUUCCUAGACCCACAAGGCACGUUAAGAGUAGGGGGUAGGUUGAGAUUGUCAGACCAGCCAUUCAGAACGAAGCACCCAGCCCUAUUGCCCAAUUCCCAUCCCUUUACCCGCAUGCUCAUACGUACCCACCACGUUAACCUGUUGCAUGGUGGUGGCCAGCUCACACUUGCCCGAAUUCAUGAGAAAUAUUGGCCACUCCAUGGAAGGAGAACCGUACGCAGCGUCCUACGUCAGUGCAUUCGAUGCGCGAGAGUCGAUCCCGUCCAAACCCAGCAGCAGAUCGGCCAACUGCCUGUGCCUCGAAUCACUCCAAGCAGACCAUUCACCGUUACCGGAAUCGAUUAUGCUGGACCCGUUUACCUUCGAGCACCACACAAGCGAGCACCCUCACCGAAAGCGUACAUCUGCGUCUUCAUAUGCUUUUCUACGAAAGCGGUACACCUCGAACUAGUCUCGGACCUAACAACGGCGGCAUUUAUGGCAACGUUGCGCAGAUUCAUCGCGCGCCGCGGUUUCCCAGCGCAUAUCCACUCCGACAAUGGAAAAAACUUCGAGGGAGCCAAAAAUGAGCUAAAUACUUGCUCUCUACAAGUUCCUACGUAG